AUGAUCUAUUGGUUUUUGUUGUCGGAGUAUACUAAAAUGACUGAACAACUGGGGGUGCUAAAAGUCAUUGUUGUGCAAGGGAAAAGGUUGGUGAUCCGGGAUUUCAAGACCAGUGAUCCUUAUGUUGUGCUCAAACUAGGGAACCAGACUGCAAAGACCAAGGUAAUUAAUAGCUGCUUGAAUCCUGUUUGGAAUGAAGAGCUAAAUUUCACUCUGACAGAAUCCCUGGGUGUUCUGAAUUUGGAAGUAUUUGAUAAAGAUCUUUUGAAGGCUGAUGACAAGAUGGGAAAUGCUUUUCUUAACCUUCAACCAUUAGUCUCUGCAGCCAGAUUAAGAGACAUCUUAAGAGUGUCCUCUGGUGAGACAACCUUAAGGAAGGUCAUACCUGACAGUGAAAACUGUCUUGUUCGUGAAAGCAGUAUCAAUUGUGUUAAUGGUGAGGUGGUGCAGAAUGUUUGGUUAAGGCUUCGUGGAGUAGAGUCUGGGGAACUAGAAUUGACCAUCAAGUUGGCCACACCCGUUGCUCCUGCAACAUAG